GUUUGAGAAGCAGACGGAGCCGCGGCGCCCGUGACAUAUUUACUUCUAUAUUGGUGUUCGGAUUUUUCAUUAUACAAAAAAAAAUACUUAUCAUCAUUAUUGGUUGGAUUUUUUGGCUUAUUAGCAUGUCUUCUGAGCUAAACUAUGAUUUCCAACAAAAACAUUAGUGAAAAAGCUGCCUAUUUUUAUAAUAUGGGAGUAGAUAAUCCAAAAAUGCUGAAAUCACCUAUUUAUUCUUCAGCCCGAAAUGUGGUAGGACCGUGAAGUUAGCCGCGCACGGCCAAGAGUAAGGGGAUUGCUUUCUCAUAAAUAUCGAAAUCCCGCUCAUUUCCGCUAUUCAGGUUGAGGUUACUAUAUGCUUUCCCGCCAUAUAUUUACUGCCGAUUUUAUUUAUAAUCGUCAUACAAGAGAAUCGUUGUGUUUUUUUAAUCUGGUCUGGCUAAAAGAAAUUCAUUUUUAAAGUCCAACAAUUCAGUGCAUUCACUUUAUAAAAAUGAAUUGUAAUUCUUCUUAAACAACCGAUGAGGAGAUGGAGUAUUUGGAAGAUCGUGAUGUAACCACAAUCAUUGUGGGGUAUGUCGAUGCAAUUACUGCUCCUGCAAAAGCUCCUGGCAAGAACGAUUUAUUAUUUAAAUUUGUUGUAUCAAAUGGAAACAGACGCAUUCCUAUUCUUGUAUGGGACGUAGAUCUUAUCAAUAAAUUAUCUAAAGAAAUUUGUUCUAGCAGGGUAGUAAGUAUUAAUGGUGGCCACUGUCGAGCUGUUGCCCCAUCGAAAAUCAAGGACGAAAGUAAUUUGGUCCCAUUUGAAGUAAUAAUAAAGGAAAAUACAGAAGUUUCUUUUUUGGGCUAUCACAACUUACAAAAUCAAACGACGAAUCAACUUCAAAAGGCCACUUUUGAUAACAUACACACUUUAGAAGGACUAAUAGAAAUUUCUGGCUACAUAAGAACGAAGUUUUCGUUAUUGCACAAUCGUAGUGGCCAUAUGACUUAUGGAUUAGGAGCAAUCACCGAUGGGAUUAAAAAAAUCACUGUUCAAGUGAAACAGUUUACGGAAUGUGAGGUUGAAAUUGGAGAUUAUGUCACUGUUACAGGAAUAUUAAAAGGCCAAGACUCCCUUGUAACAAUUUUUUGCGAUAGCAUCAAUAACAUAAAGUUGGAUGCUGAAAAACCAGCUUUAACAGCAGCAGAAGUUUAACGUGGUAGCCGACCAGUUAAACGCAUACGCACAAGUGACAAAAAAUGUUGAAUUACAUUUAAAAUAUUCCAUAUAUUUUGAGUUCUACGGUUAAAAGCUAUUAUUUAUUGAUUAUUUAAAAAAAAAUUACUGUUACAUAUUUCAUAUGUUCUGAGUUUUACGGUUCAAAGCUUUUAUUUAUUACUUUGCUUUUAUUUUAUACUAUUACAAUUUUGAACUAGAUUAAAGAAGAAUAACAAAUCAUAAGACUAAUUACGUACAAGUUUGGUACAAAAUGUGAUUCAUAGUUUUAUGACUGUGAUAUUAGAAACAUAUUUUGAUAGUUAUUCUUCAGACUAAAAAUAUGUGAUACUCGUGUUUAUCGAAACUAAAAUAAUUAUAUAUUUAAAAAGUCAAUACUCUUAUUAUAACAGUAUUUUCAUAAUGUUUAAUUAGUUUCAAAGAUUAAUAUAUAAUUAUGAUAUUUUCAGUUACACGCUAAAGUAUAAUGACUUCAAAGACUAAUUGACUUAAGAUUUUCAAUUACAUGUUCAAGUAUUUAAAUAAUUUAAAUGACUUUUAAGACUUGUUACAAGAAGAGAAUUGUAUCUUUUAAAGAUAAAGAUGACUCCGUAAACAAAAGUAUAUUUGUACUUUUCCAGACAUAUGAGCCAUAAUGUGCUUUUCCAAAUAUUUUUUGUUAACGUAUGUUCUCUUACAAUAAUUACAUGUGUAAACAUUUUUAGGAUGUUGUGAGUUUACAUGUUUUUCCAAAACAUCUUUUCUAACAAAAGUUUUAUUACAGAUAUGACAUGUAAAGUUACAUAGAUCAGUAUGUGUCAAUCUAUGAGUUUGUAGAUGUUGAUUUUGGGAGAACUUCUUAUUACACUCAUUACAACUGUAAUUUUUCAAACCUUUAUGUAUACUUUGAUGUACUUUUAAUUGCCCAUUUGUUUUGAAACUUUUUUCGCAUAUUAAGCAUUUAAAAGCUUUCACAGUAUCAUGGAUCUUGAUAUGCACAUUUAAAUUUCCCAUUUGAGUAAAACUUUUUUUACAUAUAGUGCAUAUAUGUGGUUUAUUUUUUGAGUGUAUUCUUUCAUGUAUUAUUAAAUCUCUCUUUCUUUUAAAAGUUUUUUCACAAGAAACACAUGUGUACAGAACAUUUUCAGAAUUUUUAUCGUUUUCCAUAUUUAAACAAUAUUCUUCAUGCAGGUUACUUGAUUUUCAAAAUAAAAAUUUUAUUUAAAUCUGUUCCAGAUUGAUUCGUGUAUCAUACUGCCUACAAAGUUAAUUAUAUUUUAGGGUUAGGGUUAUACUUAUUUCGUACAAAUUAUUAUUCUAUUUUAUUAAUAUACGUGACUUACCUUUAUUUUACAACGUCUAACAUUUGUUAAAAAAUGUUAUAAAUUUUUUAGAGCUACAUAAAUAGCCGUAUAGUUGAAGAAAUAUAUGAGAAAGCAAUCCCGUGCGCCGUUGAUGACAGAAACUUAUGGGAAAGCAAUCCCGCGCGCGGCUCACGACAGAAAUUUAUGAGAAAGCAAUCCAUGCGCGAUUUGGAUGCGCAGUUGCAUUUUUUUGGACUCGCAUAUGUAACCGCGUAUAAAGAAGUAUACGUGACGUAUCUGAGCGUGAGAACAACAAACAAUCAACGUGUUUAUGUUGAUAACAAAAAAGCUUGUAGAGUAUACAUGGUUUGGAGUUAACAGCUUAUUAAGGAAGAAUAAAAGAUUUUCAAGAGUACAUAGCUUACAUGGCUUGGAGCCAAUAACUUUAAUAAGGGAGAGAGAAAAGAGCACCUGGCAAAUAACAUGCAACUUCAUUUUUACUUUCUACAACAUUCCACCUGUUGAUUUCCAAUUAUUCGGUGCAAGUCAACGUUCAUUUUAGCAAAAACAGCUAAAAUUUGGAUUGAAGAAUAACGGUACUCUCUAUGUCCUACAAAAUACAAAAUUGUUUUCUGUCUUUGAAUAAAGCUAAUGACUAUAAUAUUAAUGAAGUGUGAUAUUUAACAUCCUAAGUAAUUAUAACUGAUUAUUGCAGUUUAGUGAAAUUUGUUAUUAUGACUGAUCAUAGUAUUACUGAACUUUGAUAAAAUUACUGUAAUAAUUGUCACAAUGUAACAAUAAAAUAAAUAAUUUCAAUUUUU